ACCUAGUCCACCAGCUCCACCUGCUCAGUGAAAGGCUGUCAGUGAAAGAAUUCGUAAUGGAUUUUGAGGCAGCUGCAUGGAAGGCAGUACGUCAAGAAUUUCCAAACGUCAGAAUGCGAGGCUGUACCUUUCACUGGUCGCAAGCAGUGUGGCGGAAAGUGCAGCAACUUGGCCAACAAGUUUCAUAUCAGAAAGACCCACCCACCCACACGUACAUAAGAAAGCUGUUUGCCCUCCCCAUGUUACCAGCUGAGCAUAUUAUACCCAUGUUUAAUUAUCUGAAAGAUAGUGCAGUUACCAAUCCCUUGGCAGACUUAAUAGAAUACAUUUCCUCACAGUGGAUUUUGAGUACCACUUUCCCCCCACAAACUUGGUCAGCAUUCUUCCACACAACUAGAACGAAUAAUGACUGCGAGAGCUGGCACAGUGCUUUAAAUAGAAGAGCAGGUAAAUCUAAGCUACCACUCUAUCUGCUAGCAAAACUACUGGCUGAGGAAGCAGCAACAGUCAGUGUGGAGGCACAAUACAUAAGUGAAGGGACACUGUCAAGGUACCAAAGAAAAAAAUAUAAACGCAUGCAUGGUAGAUUAUUUGAUGCGUGGGAAGAAUACAUGAGAACCUCGACAAGGGACAUAGAACUGGCAAAGAUGCUUUUGCGCAAAUGUGCGGGAAUAUACUGCCCAUUCUAAUGUAUGGACGGCAUGAAUACAUGUAUUUUAUUCAUUCUUUUCUUACAUGUAGCCUAUUAAUUGACUAAUAAAGUUAUUUUAAUUCACCACCCACAUAAUGUUGUAUUCAUGUAUUUAUUCAUGUUUUAAAAUGUACGGACUAGCUAUAUACAGCAAUAAAAUAUGUUAAUAGCCAUGCUAUUUUAUUUUCCAUGAACAUAAUAAUAUAGACAUGUAUCCACCAGUAAAAUACGGUAUGGUUUAAUAGUACGUAGUCUAGGACGGUUCGCCUCAGUCCCACUGGUUCAUUGGGCGCGUUCGCAGCGGCGAGGCGAAGUGUCAUUUGCUGCAAAACGACUUGCUCCCUUUUAUGGCGUAUGCUAAAGGCUUUUUAACGGUCAAAAUUUCCCAUAUGGGAUUUUAAGCUUUUUCAUUACAAAUAUUAACAUUAUGUAAAUCACACUUACUUUCAUACAAAUAUUAACAUUAUGUACAUCACACUUACUUUCAUACAAAUAUUAACAUUAUGUAAAUCACACUUACUUUCAUACACGCUUCAUUCAUACAGGGAUCCUAUACCUAUCUCAAACUAUUGUC